AUGCAGGAGGAGCUGAAGAAACUCUACUCUCAGCUUGAAAUCUACAAGCGCAAAAAGAUGCUGGCCAACAACCCCCACCUCCAGAAGAAGAGGAGCUCUAAGAAGGGGUUGGGUCGCUCCCUAAUGAGAAGGAUCACCGAGAUCCCGGAGUCAGUGCAUCGCCAGUGCAGCCGCGAGGACAAGGACUUUGGAGAACACGGAAGCAACCGGAACAGCAUCUGUAUGUUGAAGAAGAAUCCCUUUGACCCGUCGCACGCCGUCAAACCAGUGAAAGAGGAGACAAUCGUAAAGAAUACUGUGUUUUCCUUGAAGAAAUCGCACAGUAGCUACGACCACGUCCGCGACCAGUGCGAGGAUUCCAACAAUUCCACCGCUGACAAGAUGGAGGUGGCCACAGCUGAAGGGUCGCUGUUGGAGACGCUCAUGGGAAAGACGUUAGUCCAGAGAAAGUCUGAUGAAAACAUCAAUGUUCCAAGUGAAUCGGCAGAGUCUGUUCCGCUGGUGUGCAAGUCGGCGAGUGCCCACAAUCUGACUGCCGACAAGAAGCCUAUCCACCCCAGGGCUUCCAUGCUCCAGAAGUCUCUCAGCGUCAUCGCCAGUGCCAAAGAACGGACACUUGGACUGACGGGGAAGAUGCAAAGUACAGAGGACAGCGGUAGAAAGACACUGCCCAGAAGCAAAGAAUCAAAAAGUAGUGUAGCACCAGAUUCUGAAACUAAACUGGUGAUCCAGACUCCAGAUGCUAAACCCACGGUUACCAAGAGCUGCAUGGCCAAACCACAAGUGAGCAGCAGCCAGCCUGUGAUGUGUCCCGAUCCAGUCAAAUCCAAGGAGUUCUACGACCUGUCAGAAGUGUGUCCUUGGGAAGUGGAAGAGGUUCACACACCGUCAGAAAAUAAGGUCCAAAAGCAUGUUUCCAUUGCACCAAAUGAAACCACCACAAUUCAUGGAGGAGCGGUGAGUCGAGGAAAAACACAACCGCAGAGAAAGAAGGGCUCGGAUGUUAAUGUGGGAGGGGCUAAAGAGACUCCAAAGACUUCAGCCAUGCGAGCUGACGUCUGUCCAUGGGAGAAUAUGAGCGGAGAGAGUGGUCUUUCGACAAAGACUCCAGGACAUACUCCAGGUCCAACGGCUCGGUCGCCUUUACCGCCAGAGAGCAAACAAGCAGACGUUUGUCCGUGGGAUUUUGACAAUGACCAAAAGACAUCAGAGCAGGUUGGUUCAGCUGAGAAGUUGAAGAAAGUCAAAAAAAGCACAGUUACAGAGCGAGCAGAGGUUUGUCCGUGGGAUUUUGACAGUGACAGAAAGACCUCAGAGCAACUAAGAUCCAAAGACACAACAAUGAUUGAAAAAGAAAGUAGCACUACCCAACGAGCAGACAUCUGUCCCUGGGAUUUUGACGAGGCUCGAAAGACAGAGCCAGUCAGUUCUACAGACUCAGCUAAGAAAGGAACAUCUCCAGUUGAACCCAGAGGGAAGAGUGCUCUUUGUGAGCCUUCUAAACCAGCAGGCUCCCUUCAGCUCCCCAUGGCCAAAGCAGAUGUUUGUCCCUGGGAUUACGACUCCACUGCCCUUCCCCCGCACUCCCAAAAAACACCCAGCCCAUCGACCAGUAAGGAGUCACCUUCCAGAAAGAUGGGCUGCCUUAUGCCGCGGACGAUUGAGGCGUCAAAAGAGGACGACAAAAGUAAAUUAAAAUCUCAGGACAAGCUCAGGUCCACAGACAAGUCUCUCAGCAGCCAGAAGAUGGCGGAGGUGUGUCCCUGGGAAGUGGAAAGCGAAGAGGCGCCCCUUGUGGAGAAAAGGAGAAGCACCAAUCUGGGAGCAGUAAAAGCUAAGGCAGAAGUCUGUCCUUGGGAAUUUGAGGAGGCGACCCAAGCCAGUGGCAGAGACAGGAGCUAUGGUGGGGUCCGACAGACCUCUCCCAGUGGGAAGAUCCAGGCCGACGUUUGCCCUUGGGACUUUGACGACAGCGUAGCAAAGAAAGCAUGA